CCGCGACGGGACGCGCCAUGCGCUCCUGAGCUGGGCCGUGCCGAGCCGUGCCGUGCCGUGCCCGCCGAGCCGUGCCGUGCCGAGCCGUGCCGUGCCGUGCCGUGCCGUGCCCAGCAUGGCACCCUGGCUCUGGCCGUGCCUCCUGGCCGCCCAGGCCCUGGCCGCCAACUUCCCCCCCAGGUACAGCCUCUACACCGGGGGGGCCGCCGCGCUCGGCCCCGUCCAGGCCACGGCCCCCCACGGCCCCACCGCAGCCCACGGCGCUGCCCGGGCUGCCAACCGGCACAGGAACUGGUGCGCCUACGUGGUGACGCGCAGCGUGAGCUGCGUGGUGGAGGACGGCGUCGAGAGCUUCGUGAAGCCGGAUUACCAACCCUGCGGCUGGGGGCAGCUCCAGUGCCCCCGCGUCCUGGCGUACCGCAGCUUCCUGCGGCCCCGGUACAAGGUGGCCCAGCGCACGGUGUCGGAGCUGGCCUGGCGCUGCUGCCAGGGGUACUCGGGCGACGACUGCACCGAGGGGCCGGCACCGGUGCCCCCCCAGCCCACCGGCCGCCCCCGGCCCCGGCCCGGCCGCCCCACGCUCUCUGGCUUCGGCAACCCCCUCAGCGGCCUGGGGGGCGAAGGCGGCGGGGAUGCGGAGAAGGUGCGGCGGCUGGAGGAGCAAGUGCGGCGGCUGAGCGAGCAAGUGGAGGAGCUGCGGGCCGGGCAGGAGCCGGCGGGGCGGCCGGCGGCCGGUAGCCCCGAGGGCGAGCAGCCGGCCGACGCGGCCGCCCCGGCCGAGGUGCGGGAGGUGCUGAGCCACGUCCAGCGGCGGCUGGAGGAGCUGGAGAACCGGCUGCACCGGCACGAGAGCGGCCGGGAGGGCCCGGCGGCGGCGGCGGCAUCGCCGGUGUCGGACGCGGGGCUGCGCGAGCUGGAGCGGCGGCUGCAGGAGACCUGCGCGGCCUGCGCGGCCGGCACCGAGGGGCUGCGGCGGCAGGCGGCCGAGGACCGGGAGAGGAUGCGGGCGCUGGAGAAGCUGGUGGGCUCGGUGGACCAGCGCAACCGGGAGGCGGUGGAGACGGUGCAGCGGCGCAUCAGCAGCCUCAGCAGCCGCCUGGCCCCGGCGCCCGAUGAUCUCCACCGGCGCCUGGCCGAGCUGGAGCGGCGGCUGGAGGGGCUGCCCGCGGCGGCGGCGGGGCCGGCGGGGCAAGGGCCGGUGCUGGCCCGGCGGCUGGCGGAGCUGGAGGGCCGGCUGAACGCCUCGCGGGCCGGCCCCUGGCCCCCCGAGGCGGAGGGGCGGCAGGGCGGGCUGCCGGCACACCUGGCCAACCUGAGCCGGGUGGUGGAAGGGCUGGCGGCGAGCGGGGCGCAGCGCGGCGCACGCCUGGCCGAGCUGGAGGGGCUGCUGGCCCGCUGCGGCCGGCCCUGCCCGGCCCCCCCAGAACCGACGGCAGGCAGCCGGGACGAGCAGCGCGACCCCUUCCUCCGGCAGCUGGAGCGGCGGCUGCAGGACACCGAGGAGCAGCUCCGGGCGCUGGGGGCCGGCGGGGACGGACUGGCCGGGUCCCUGCGGGGGCUGCGGGAGCUGCUGGGGGCGCAGGGGGAGGCGCUGGGGGGGCUGGCGGGGCGGCUGGGGCGGCUGGAGGCGGGGGGGGCUCUGGCAGAGGAGCUGGCGCAGCUCCGCAACCGGACGGGGCGGCUGGAGGCUGAGCUGAGCGGCGGCCCCUGCGCCCCGGAGCCGUCGCCAGAGCCGGAGCCGCCGCUCGAGGGGUUCGGCGUUUUCGGGGGCACCUCGCCCUCGGAGCUGCGGGGGCUGCGGGGCGAGCUGGCGUGGGCGCUGCUCGCCCUGGGCGGGCUGAACGCCACGGUGCAGGGGCUGCAGGACGCCCUGGACCAGCAAGACGCCCGUCAGCGCCAACUGGGCGCCAUCACCGACCGCAUCGUGGCCGAGCUGGACCAAGCGGCGGCGGCGGCGGCGGCGCGGCAAGCCGAGAGCGAGGAGCGGCUGGAGGGGCUGGCGCGGGAGCUGGCGCGGGCCGGCGGCUGCCCAGCCGGCCUGGAGCCGCGGUUGGCCAAACUGGAGGGUGUCUGCGAGCAACUGGAGGCCGUGGCGGGCGGGCUGCGGGGCGUCCGCGAGGGUCUGGGCCGGCACGUGGCGGGGCUGUGGGACGCGGUGCGGGAGCUGAACGGCACCGCCGGCGCCCGCGCUGCCGCCGUGGAGAAAGCGCUGCAGGCCCAGCUCCCGCGCCGGCUCGGCGCCCUCAACGCCAGCCUGCAGCACCUGCGCGGCGAGCUGCUCCGCCUGAGCCAGAGGGACCCCGCCGGCCCCCCCGGCCCCCCUGGCCCUGCUGGCCCCAUGGGUGAGAUGGGGCCCCCCGGCCCUUCUGGGCCCCCUGGCAAGGAUGGAGAACAAGGUCCCAUGGGUCCCCCCGGGCUGCCAGGAGAGAGAGGCGAGGUGGGGGAGCCGGGCUCCGUGCCCCGCGUCGCCUUCUCGGCCGCCCUGAGCACCCAGCGCGCCGAGCCGGGCACCGUCCCCUUCGACCAGGUCCUGCUCAACGACGGCGGCGCCUACGACCCCGAGACGGGCACCUUCACCGCGCCGGUGAGCGGGCGGUACCUGGUGAGCGCGGUGCUGACGGGGCACCGAGGGGAGAAGCUGGAGGCGGUGCUGUCCCGCUCCAACCAGGGCAUCGCCCGCCUGGACUCGGGUGGGUUCCAGCCCGAGGGGCUGGAGAAGGAGCCGGUGGCCGCGCUGCAGCCCAGCCCCGGCGCGCUCGGGGUCUUCAGCCUCCUGCUGCCGCUGGCGGCCGGCGAGACCCUCUGCGUGGACCUGGUUUCGGGGCGCCUGGCCCACGCCCCCGACGAGCCCCUCACCGUCUUCAGCGGGGCUCUGCUCUACGACGCCGAGGAGCCCUAAACCCACCGAACCGCCCCACACCCCACCCCCUCCCCCUUCCAAACCCACCCACCCCGACACGGCCAGGGGCGCAGCCGGGACCCCACACACACACACACACACCCGCUCCGUUAUUUAUCAGCACCCCUCACUCCCCUGCCGCCACACGCCCCACACCGCCCGCCCCAACCCCCCACACCGCCCCCGGCCCCCCCCCACCCCAAAAUAAAGAUGCGGCACCGGGUUUUGUA